CUCCUUCUUCCUCUCCCCACAACACUACUUUUUUCUCUGCAUACAAAAUGACUGAUCCUCAAAAAGAAGUAAACUGUUGUAAAAAAUAUCCUCAUAUUGGUAUUUUAGUCCCUUUACAUCCUCGACUUAAAGCUAUUAGAAAUGAUGAAUGUCAUAUCGAUUAUUUCUAUCAACAAACUAAAAUCUUGACAACAGAUCAAGAAGCAAACGCAGCAAAAAACUAUCUCACACAUGGAAUGAUGGAUACCGUUUAUUAUAUGAUUGUACACGCAGUUUUCUUUGUUUAUAUGGGCUAUCGAUCUGCCAACUCUUUGAUUGACUUUUUCUUUAGUCUUUAUGGUGACUUUCAAACAACUUCUGGAAAAGCAUGUCUCAAGUCUUGGCUUACAGACGCUUUAAAAUUACAAGAAAACAGACAUUAUUCUACAAUAACAACAGCAGCAACAAAUAAAAAGACAAAAUUAUUACCACCUGUAUCUUCAUCAGUAUUGCAAAAGUCAAACCUGAACCGAUUGGUGACUUUGAUCAAUAAGUGCAUCGAACGUGAAUUGCUCACCACUAUGGACUGUAUGGAAUUAUUCUGUGGCGAAACUUUGGAAGUCAUUGGUAUUAUUCCCAGCAAGGAGCGAUUUGAACGUAGAAUGAGAAGAUUACCCAAAUCUUUUAUGUCAAAACAAAUCAAAACAUAUCUCUCUGGAAAACCACCGUCAACAAAAGCUUAUACUAUUGUUCGUCAUUAUAUUUUGGCAACUAUGGAUUUAGAAAAUAUCAAAUAUGGUUAUGCUGUUAUUCCAUUAUCUAGAUUAUCUGAAUUCGAAGCUAUAUUCCGCUCUUAUUUAAAUGGAGAUGAUCCAGUAGACUCGAAUUUGAUUUUGGAUAUUAUGCUUGAUCUUUUUAUGGAUGAAAUCGAAUACAAUCACAUUUUUUGGGUACAACUGAUCAAAAGAUGCAGGGAUAUGACUCUUAUCAACCCAUUACCUUUGGAUUCUAAUGACGAUGAUGAUAGUACUUCAAAUAGUCAAGCAAAAUCACAACAACAAACCGAUGGAUGUACUUUAGCACAUUUAUUGGGUCUCAAGUUUGAACAUACUCUCAAGUCAGACGAAUCUACUUCUCCUCCUCCUUCAUUAAUUUACGUCGUCGCCCUUCUUGCCGAUGAAAAUAUGAUAUUCUUUGAUCAUUUACUCCCUUAUAUUGUCGAAGCUGGAUGUUCUACGGAAGACGACAACAAGGUGAUUACUGAACAUAGUCAUCAACAACAACGACGACAACAACAACAAUAUGGUUAUCUGAUGGAGUUAAUCAAAGCUUUACUCUCUCUGGGCAACAUCAAACAUGCUACUUGCGUGAAACAAUAUUUGGAUAGUAAUAAUGAAGAUACAAUGAGAAGCCUUCAUGAUUGGAUUCUUCGAAUGGUGGACUAUACUGUGGAUUCUUUAUAUGAACAUACUCAGCUUGCAAAUAUAAAAACGACAGCACAGCCACCAACAAAAGAUCAUCCACCAGCAUUGACAAUAAAAUAUCCUCCAAGAACAGGUUAUUAUUUAGAUGACUCUGAUGAUGAUGAUGAAUUAGGAUUGGAUAAUAACAAUAGUAGUCUUAUCAGUUGCGACAGUUUCAGUACCAUCAAUACCAAUCAUUACGAUGAAACUUUGGAUGACCUUCAAAAUAGUGAUUAUAUCUACGACUUUUUCAACAAGGCUUUUUUCUGCAAUACAUGGAAAGAUUCACUUUCUCAACAAUCAACAGCUUCUAAUCUGAAAAAUGUGCUCAAGCCUCUCAUCAAUUUUUUGAAUUCUAUCAUCGAUUCGACCAAGGAAAAACCCAAGAUUUCUAAAAUCACCGUGAACAAAAUUAUCUCCAUUCUACAUUACAACCUCACUCUUGAAAAUCAAUUCGAACGACAAGUCUUCUUGGAUAUCAUCCCGCUUGUUAUCUUUCCUUCUUUGGUAUACGACUGUUCUUUGGCUCUGGUUGAUAUGAUGAGUCAACUUAGUUAUCGUGAACGAUCAGAUUGUUAUACUUUGUGGCUUCAUGAUACCCAGCACACUCAACCUUCAGCAAUCACACAACGCCGACAAGUUGUCAUCCUUCGUAUCAAAGAAAUUUUGGAGGAUAGAACCAAAAAACGUUCGAAUGAAUUGUUACCUAUUUUACAUAGUCAUCCUGUCGAUUUUGCUUACAGUGUUCUUAGCAAUAUUCACCUCCUCGAUAAUCAUAUCAACCAAGUAUUACUUGCCAAGCAAUAUCUCCAUCCAUCCAGUAAAAUAGCCCUUGAUGCCUUCUUAUCCUUAGCAGCCUUUAAAAUGGGAACUUAUAACUCCUCUACUACCACCAAACGUGAUUAUCAACAAGAACAGGAAAAUCAACAUACCCAACCUCAGUUACCUAACGACAUCAUAUCACUCUGCUCUUUUACCCGAUACCUUAUCAAAGAAUACCGCAUCUCUCCCUUGUCAUUGAAAAAUUACCUCGUCCUAUACCCUCGUCAACCAUUGAUGCAAUAUGCAUGUCUCGAAACCGACCGGGCAAACAGCAAGAAAGAAGCUUUGGCAAAUCUCAAACGAAAAAAUCCACCAUUGGGUGAAAUACCAACAUUUUCACAUUGCUUUGUAGUUGCUAUGACAAAUGAAACAAAAAUUGUUGUUAUUAUACACCGUUGUUUCGAAUGUCCAAUGACGUUCUCAACACCUCGAAAACUUCGACAUCAUUUGCAGAAACACAACAUACAAAUACCGCAAACAGCAGCUGGAAUCAGACGGUACAAUAACCAAGAUUAUACGUACGUCAAGUCACAAAGCGCGCACGCUUCCAUUGAGAAUCACUUUGGCUGCCCAGCAUGUAUUGUACAUUGUGUAGAAGUAAAUGAGUUGAAGGCCCAUUUUUAUGCCAACCAUUCAGAAUCUUUAUCAGAACAGCAACCUCUCUUAACCCAAACACAACAAGAAAGCGACUCAACGGGACAGCAGAGCGGUGGCAAGCCGGAGAAGUCUAGUAAACGGCGUUCAAGCAAUGCCCUUGAAAAUGAACUGUUGGAUCCAUUGUGCCUUUCAUUUCCCCCUCCUGAUCACGAUGAUCAUCUCGUGGUACAAAAUUUCGACGCGACAAUGGCGUUUCAUAAGCUACAACUAUCAUUAACCCAACACAAGUGGAAACUAUCUCUUGAAAAUCAUAUCCAUUGCGCCAUGGCAGCCACCUCUAUUCUACUCUUGUCACGAAAUCAGUACCCCGAUGAUUUGUCAUCCUUUUUCAGCAAGCACGACCUUGAUGCAACCAUCGAUAGUAUUGAGACAAAGUAUAACAUUAGGAGACAUCCGAUGUCAAUGGAGACAUCUACCAACAUAAUCAGUAUCAUUCAGGAUCUUACCAUGAGGAAAAUCAAUCGAGAUAAAGCGUUUGCACGUCUUUUGGAUUUAAAUCUUCCUACAAAUGAAAACAAGUUCAAAAAAAGCAUUAUUGAAUUGAUCCGGAAGCUGCCUCCCAUGUCUAUUGCAGAAGAUACCAACGAAUACGAACUCGGCACUCGAUAUAUUGAUCCUUUUUUAUGCGGUUUAUUUGAUGAUCCUGAUGAAGGCAUGUAUCUACGGUGGACCAACGAAAUUACUUUAGAAGCUCGAAAGCAUGAAAAUUUAUCAAUGAAUCGCCCUGAUAUAUGCAUAACCAGAUUACAUGGGGUGAAAUGGACAUCAAAUCAUGGUUUUGGGGAAGCGAAAUCAGCUUCUCACGGUGACAACCAUUUUCUGAUUUGCCAGGAUCUACUCCGAACUGCGAUAUUUUGCAAAAAUGCUCUAGAUACACAAAAUAUGGAAGGUGUCCUGGGACUGCAGAUUAUUGGAAGAAUGAUUACGUUCUAUGUAUUGGUUUUACCAUCGACCGGUCUUUACGUGAUGUACGAACUGGAAAAAAUAAAAAUACCAAGUUGCUUGGAUGAUUUAGCAAAACUCGUUAUGGAUAUGCCCCGGGUUUUGCGUAUACUUGACGUCUUCAAUCGGAUCUGCAAUUCAUCGGUCUUACCAUCAGCGCCCUCUCGACACCGUCCAACAAUCAUCACUUCUAUCUUCAAUCGUGUCUUUUCAUCGUCCCAGAACCGCAAGCGAUCAUGCCAUUUGAAAUAUCGUCAUAAUUAAUCCAUUUACCUUUUUUUAUUUUUUCUCAAAAACAGUACUAAUAAAACCCAUAUUUUUUAUAUCAUUUGAAAUC